GUGAAAAGUCAGGAGCGCGUGGUAGCAAUGCCGUGAUGAUAAGGCAGAGAUGGACAAAGUGCGGCAGUAGGAAGCGUUUGCUUUGUCAUUGUGGCAGCAGCACCUCUGCGAGUGACGGCAUCGCGGGACCGGAGGCCAACCUCGGAAUUAACAGCUCAAUGCCUCAGACACAAACAGAAAGCCACAACGAGGGGGGCAAGGAUGCAGAAAAAUCUGAAUGCCCCCCACAAAUGGAACGUCAGGUGCUUUAUGAUGUUGAAGGGGUGCCGAUGAUCUCGGUUUUCUUUGAGUACAACGAAAGGAUCAGAAACUUCAAGGCCAAGCCGGACGAUGUGCUGAUAGCAACGUAUCCCAAAGCAGGUACAACGUGGAUGAUCGAAAUUGUGGACUGCAUCCGCAAGGAAGGAGUCACAGCAGAAAUUAAAAAUCAGCUGAGCAUGACUCGGUCUCCAUUUAUAGAGAUGGGGGCCGCCAAUAUGAUGCCUUCUGGAGUGGACCUGCUAGAGAAUAUGCCGUCUCCUCGACUUGUGAAAACUCAUCUGCCAGUGAACCUGGUGCCAAAGUCCUUUUGGGACAAUGACUGUAAGAUCAUCUAUGUGGCCAGGAAUGCCAAGGACGUCCUUGUUUCUUAUUAUUUUUUCCAUAAGAUGAAUCUGGGCAUGCCAGAUCCUGGAAGCUGGGAAGAAUAUUUUGAAAGCUACCUGUCUGGAAAUGUGGCUUGGGGCUCCUGGUUUGAUCAUGUGAUUGGCUGGUGGGACAUCAGGGAACGUCACCAGAUCCUCUACGUCUUUUUUGAGGACAUUGUCCAGGACCCGGUGCGGGAGGUGGAGAGGGUGGCGCGUUUUCUGGGUAAGACCCUCGAGGGGACCACGAUCAACGAGAUUCUGGACCACAUUGCAUUCAGCAAUAUGAAGGACAAUCCCAUGACUAACUACUCCAUUGUACCUUCACAUCUGAUGAACCAGGAGAUUUCACCAUUUAUGAGGAAAGGAAAAGUUGGCGACUGGAAGAACCAUUUCACCGUGGCCCAGAACGAGCGAUUUGAGGAGGAAUACCGGCGGCGUAUGGCCAAGACCUCGCUGCGUUUGACAGAUGAGCUCUGAGCUGGAAGACGGCCUGCUGAUUUCACCCAACACAAAUCCACGAGAUCAU